CGCGCGGGCGAAAGUCGAACAGCAACUCAACUAUGAGCACGAAAUAUCGAUAGGGAGACAAUUGAGACAACACAAUGGCGGGCAGACGGCUGCUAGACGCGGCUAGACUCUUCAGCGCAUCUGGAUCGAUAGCGAAACACCAUUUCAACAUCCGCGCGCAACAAUGGGAACUCUUUACGCAGACUUCGAGUCUGGCAAAGGCUGUCAAGAACCAGACAGAUCGCGUGACCCUUACGGCAAGAGCUGCAUAUGCCCUUUCGCGGAGGGUCAACGAAACUGGACCUUCAUACCCACAGACGAGUCGACAUGAGGAACCGAUACCCCGUGAAGAGACGGUUCAAGGUGCAGACAGGCCCGACAUACACGAGGAAGGAUUGAGUCAGGAUCACCAUUGGGAGAGGUCCGAGGAAAACGCUGCUGCAGAAGCACCCCCAAAGGACGAUUUGCACAUCACACAAGAAAAGGCGCGUCGCCAUCCUCUACCCGACGGCACGAUACCUCCUGAAGGCGCAAUUCUCGAUCCGUCGCCGAGUCGCCAGGGUACAGACACCUUCAGUCAACGACCAGUAACGGACGCCCCCAAGGACCCUCUGGCAGACCAGCAAUCCAUCAUCAAAGACCUGCACCCUACAGAGUCAGGUGCUUCUACUAUCCCCACGCCGGCUACACAAGAUAGUCAUGCCGAUCAUACAGUCAAGAUGCAGCGUAUGGCCGAGUUCCAGAUUCCCUCCGUCUCCGGUAGCUCUCAAUCCAUCUCCACACCUGGACAGGACACCUUCAAUACGAGACCUACGGAGUCAUCCGUCGAACUAUCCUCUCUACCUCGCACGAAAAUCCCCAAAUCUGUCGAAGAUACUCAGGGUGGUGAUGAUCAUGUCAAGGACGGCCAAAUUAACCAGGAUGUCUUCUACUCAUCCAAGGGUCACCCUGCUCAACCGCCAAUUCCAAAGCAAGAGGCCAUUCCCGCACAGGACGAAGCGCCUGAAGGCAUCAACACUGACAUUUUCCACAGUCCCAGAGUUGCAUCUCUACUCAAUAGUGGAGGUAGAGAAGACCGAAGAAAGGCUUACGAGCUUAAGAUGAAGGCUGCAAGGAAAGACACUUUCAGCGCAAGGCCGGGUGUGUCAUCGCCGGAGUCUGCUACUUCGGCUUCAGUCGCUGAGCCUGUUGCACCUGUCGCUGAAGCCAAGUCGCAAAUCAGCGACAAGGAGACACAAGAGCUGGCCGAUGCCAUGGCUGCCGAUGCUACUGCUGCCUCCUCAUCCCCUGCGCUCGAGUCUGACAAGCCAGCCACUCCUUACCAACUACGUGAAUCUGCCGUACCUUCCUCUCGCUUUGGUAGACUCUGGCAAUAUGGCGGUCUAGCUACAAGCAUGGCCUUCGGUGCUGUAGGCGAAAGCCUACGAAGAGUGACUGGAGGCGCUGCAGCAGCCGCGAGUGGUUCGCUCUUGCUUAGCCCCGCCAACAUGGAAAGACUUGUUGCUAAGUUGUCCCGCAUGCGUGGUGCAGCACUCAAGCUUGGUCAGAUGAUGAGUUUCCAAGACUCCAAGAUGUUGCCUCCAGCCAUCAAUGCCGUACUUCAACGUGUGCAAGACAGUGCUGAUUAUAUGCCUCCAUGGCAACGCAACAAGCAACUUGCUGCUAAUCUCGGUGCUGACUGGAAAGAUCUGUUCUCGAGUUUCGAAGAUGUGCCUAUAGCUGCUGCAUCCAUCGGCCAAGUUCACCGCGCUACUUUGGCUUCCAAUGGUCGCGAAGUCGCCGUCAAAAUCCAGUACCCCGGUGUUCGUGGCAGUAUCGAUAGCGAUCUCAACAACCUCUCUCUUCUCCUCACAGCAUCACGCCUUCUUCCCCCUGGCCUCUUCCUCGACAAGACAAUUGCCAAUGCUCGCACUGAGCUAGGCUGGGAAUGCGACUAUACACGUGAAGCAGAAUGCGGUACCCGUUUCGCCUCUCUCCUCAAGGACGAGACCGCCACUUUCCGUGUCCCUGAAGUCUUUCUCGAAGCAUGUGGCCCUGAAGUUUUGACCGCCGAGCUCAUGCACGGCAAAGGCGCAACCAAAAUCCCCGACCUUAGCCAAGAAGAAAGAGACUGGAUAGGUACUCAAGUCCUCCGCCUCUGCCUACGCGAACUCAUGGAAUGGCGUUUCAUGCAAACCGAUCCCAAUUGGACAAAUUUCCUCUACAACCGUGGCACUUCUGCUUCAGAGCGCAAAUUGGAGCUUCUAGACUUUGGAGCUUCCAGAGAGUUCCCAGAGACGUUUGUAACCCCCUAUGUGCAGCUGCUCAUUGCAGCAUCUACUCACGACCGCACUGCCUGCCGCGAUCUUUCCAUCAAACUCGGCUACCUCACCGGUGCCGAAAGCGACGCCAUGCUGACCGCCCACGUCGACUCCAUUCUCACUCUCGCCGAACCUUUUGACUCUGGUCGUGCGUCAGAAUUCUACGACUUCAAGAACCAGACCAUCACCGACCGAGUGAGGGAAAAGAUUGGUCUGAUGGUCAGAGAACGAUUGGCACCGCCGCCAGAGGAAACUUAUUCGUUGCAUAGAAAAUUGAGUGGUGCUUUCUUGUUGUGUGCGAGAUUGGGUGCUAACGUGCCGGCGAAGAAGUUGUUUGAGGAUGCUGUUGCAAAGUGGAGGGAGACUAGAGGUAAGAAGGCUUAA